CGUGAACAUGAGAAAAAUCGUUUGGGCCGCUCAUGUGAUUUUUCGUUCGGGUGUAAACAUUUAUGGCGGGACUAAGCAAAGGGAUUUUCGUUAGAGUUCUCGGGACCAAAAGAUUACAAAUUGACCUCUAACGGUGACUACCGACAAGAGAUUGUGGGAAUACACGGUGCGAAAGGCGUGUCCUGUUGCUUGUGACGACACGGAUCAGGGAGGCUACCUCUGAGAAACUUCUGUAUGGCUGACUGAACCUUCGCAGGUAUCGGUUCAGUAAUACUUCGGCUUCACGGUGUUCUGACUUCAUAUUCUAAGUAUUCUUGUCAAUCGGUGUUCGUCAGAGUUGAGCAACUCUGGAUAUAUACAAUUACAUGCUGUCAAACAUGUGCUGCGCUAGGUAUUUUAUUAAUUACAACUCGUACAUGUGUACCGUGUAAGGAAUAACGUGUGCUUAACGGGCUUUUGAUUGGAAUAUAGUGACAAGUGUGUUGUUGGACAGCUGUGUUAAUGCCAGUUUGAUAGUUGACAAUAUCUCGUAACGGUAAAUACACAAAACGGCGAGCUUUAUCAUGAAAAUGAGCGUUGACGGAGGUCUCGUUCUGAUCCCGUCGACGGCGGGAUUGACGUCGGCGUCGGAACACUACAUAAUGUCAUCGGCCGAUGCAUUGGCGUUGACGUCCGUUCCAAUGUCGGUGAUGACGACGUUACAGUCGGUGCCCCAUACGGACAUUGUGGCGGCCGCCGCAGCUGCUGCCAUCCACAACGACGACAUUCCCGACGACGAAGACGACGAAAACAACUGUGACCGAGACCAAGGAGAAGACGAAGAAGAUGCGAGCGGAUCUAGGCGUCCGAUACGUAUCGUUAUUGAACAGGACGGGGAAGGUGCCCAUUCGUCUGACAUUGAAAUCAAACACGAGCCGCCUCCAUUGGAGGCUCCUUCUCAGAUCCAACCAGUCUCCAUUUCCGCUCACCAGUUGCAGCAGCUGCAGACGGCCACCCUACUUCCGGCCCACGCCAUCAUCGAGAUGCUACCGCAGCAUCUCAUUGAACACCAACAACUGCUGCAGCAACAACAUCAGCAGUUGCAGCAGCAACAGGCACAACUUCAGCAGUAUCAGCAACAGGUUCAGUUUGAACUUCAGCAGCAGCAGCAACAGCAACAAAACCAACAACAAUCGGUUCAGACGCCACAGAAGACUGGCAAGGGAGGAAAGAGCAAGUCGAAUGCCGCAAACAACAACAACAUCAGCGCUAAUAACAACAACAACAACAACGAGGACAGCGAGGAGAACAGCGAAAAUGGAGGUAAAGGUCAUGGCGGGGUAAACCAGCUGGGUGGGGUAUUCGUGAACGGCCGGCCGUUACCGGAUGUGGUACGGCAGCGGAUCGUAGAGCUGGCCCACACGGGGGUACGGCCAUGUGACAUUUCCCGGCAGCUGCGCGUCUCGCACGGUUGUGUGAGCAAAAUUCUCGGCAGAUAUUACGAAACAGGCUCCAUAAAGCCCGGAGUUAUAGGCGGCUCGAAGCCGAAGGUGGCCACUCCUGCGGUGGUUGAGGCCAUAACGCGCUACAAGGCGGAGAACCCCACGAUGUUCGCGUGGGAAAUCAGGGACCGUCUGCUCUCCGAGAACGUCUGCACGAGCGACAACGUGCCCAGCGUCAGUUCCAUUAACAGAAUCGUACGAAACCGUGCCUCGGACAGCGCACGUGGAAAAAGCAACGACGGCGGUUCGCCGUUGUCGGACGCCGUGAGCCCUCACGGGUCCCCUAACGGUCAGGGAAACACCUACUCCAUCAACGCAAUCAUGGGUCUACAGGGGACAACGUCCCUUACCGACCACAACGGCAACACGGGCACGAAACGGAAACUAGUGGAUGAAAAUGGUUCAAACGGGCAUGAUGGAAAACUAGAUGAAAACCAACAAAUUAUAAAUAAUAACAACAUGGGAGAUUUCUUCUAUCCAAAGUCGGGCCGCAUGGACAACGGCGUCCUCAUGCCGGAGCAGGGUCAGGCCAUAGUCGUGAACGGUCAGCUCUACGCCCACGGUCUCCAUCCGCCCCCCUACGCCAGUUACUUGUCGGCCAACCCUCCAAUCAAGCAGGAGUACGCCGCCUCCUCUCCCAGCCUGGAGGACCAGGCUCGGUCACAUGCCGGCAGCGAAGGGUCACAUAGGCAAAAUAUAAUUGGGGGCCUAGGUCGCCUGGAGUCCGGUCGCGGUAGUUCGCCUCACGAUGUUCCGGGCGCCCAGUCCGAUACCCAGACCUCAGAAUACGAAGCAGCUUCAAAUAAUAGCCAGAGCGGCGCCGUGAAUGUAAAUCAGACGGUUAUCACUAAUACACCUACCCCGGGGCACACCCCCUCCCCAAAGCCCGGGACCCCGAUAAAUGGAAAUUUAACCGAACUCACGCCCGUGCAGUCGACCUUAGGUCAGACUUACACGCCUUUGCCGUCAUUCCCUGCUCAAUUCUCAAGUCAAGGUACUACGGGGUAUACAAGUGCCGUGUAUACAAACCACUCGGUUGUGGGUACGGCUGUUCCAUCAAUUGUCCUCACCCCACAAGUAUCGUCAGCUGCUCAAUACACAGGUUCAAUGCCAGGUAACACUGGGGAUUAUUACCAGUCCGUACCGUACACUCAGUACCAGACCACGUCUCCAUACAACGACCCACAGUGGGCGGUCAGGUACGGGCCCAGCGGAAUCAUCAAUCCACAGUACUACUAUCAACCCCAGAUUGCCUUGUCCGGAAACAGAAAUGACCAGGCUGUUGGAAUUCCUGCAAGUCCAGAGAAAUCUUAGAGACAUCAACUUCUUGUUAUCAUGCAUCUCCUUAUAACUGCACAGAAAUCGCGCUCACAAUGCCAUAGUGUUCGGACAUUUUAUUUCGGAGUCAGGCAAUUGUGUUUGCGUUGUUCAACAGGUUGCCAUGGAGCAAUUUCUGCACAUGUUCUAGAAGACAUAUGAUGUGUUCUCCAACUUACAUAGCUUGCAGUGCUGGGCGUCGCAUUCUGUAUUGAACUACUGACUUCAAACAGCGUAAUUUACACACACAGUGAUGGUGACAUUCAAUUACAGUGUGAGACCUAGAACAUGGAAUGUGGGGACAUAGAAUGGACUGCUACACACAAAUGUAUUGUGUUUGUGCACAUAUACAAACCCAGAUGCACAUUUAAGAGGGUAACACGAGUACGUAGUCGGAAUAAACAGGGUAUUCGAUACUUAACACACUUAAGCAUUAAGUGAAUUUAAUCGGACGGAAAUUGUAGGAGAUUAAAAAUGGAACUGCAGUGGCAUAUUACAAGAGUGUGCUAUCGCAAGUGCACAAUCGAUGAACAAACAUCACUCACCCGAUUUCCAAGUUCUAGGAAGGGUCUUGAAACUCCUCAGAAAAAGCUGCGUUUUGAAGGGAUCUUUAAAUAUGUGUACAGAUAGUUGAAGUACGACAGGCAAUUAUGCCUCAUAUCUACCAAUAUUUUCUUCGUAUCAGAUUAUAUUUUGUAGAAGAAAGCUCACAUUUUGAUUUGUUACAAAUAUUAUAUGUUUUAGAGUUUUAUAAUCUCGUAAUUGUAAAUAUUCCCAUCCAGUUUUCAUAUUUUGUAUAAUUAUCAUAAAGUUGAUUUGCGCGAUUGCAAAUUCAUAAAGGUACCGACAUAUACUCAAUAAUACUGACAUAAUUGUUAGUUCGUAAUUUAGUGUGACUGCAAUGUGUGACUGAUGUAGAAGUAGUUAUAGCUUUACAUUUUAAAGGUUUGAGUGUUCUGCAACAGUAGUGUGUAGUCUUUGAACGAUUCGGUGUGACUGUUUUGUUUUGUGGAUGGAAGUUAUUGAUUUGAAGAAAUUAGAUUUCAAACUUCUACUUACAAUUCUGUUAAUACAACUUACAACUGAUAUGUCUUCUAAGGGUUUUGUAUAUUAUAGUUCUCAGCGUAUUCGUUAUGGUUUUGACAUCAUUUUGCGACAUAAACAUCUAUAACCAAUCAGGGUGUAAACAGGGUAGAACUUUUACAUCAAUGUGUUCUGAAAUCUUGCAGCAUAAUAUGUAGAAAUCUCGUUGCAUAAUACAUGGCAUUUGAACAUUAUAUUAGACAUUUUUGUUCUCGAUUUUCUAUGAAGUAAUAAGUUCAAAAUAUAACAAAGGAAUAAUUUAGUUCCGGACAAUCAUGAAUUGUUUCCAAAGCGUUAUAUGUAGGAACCGGUUGUUGUAAUCUGGAUGAAUUAAAAACUACUUUUUAUAACGUUGACUAUCUGACUUUAUUUAGACGUAUAUUGAAGUAGAAACAAUCGUGUUUACCGUCAUUGAAUGCUUGUUUAAAUAUCAAGCAAUCCUGGUGUACUUUCGCUUUUCACGAAUUUUCUUAACUUUCAGAACUUUUGUCACAUAUGAAUGUUAACUAGUUGUAAAUACACACAUUCUACAAUUUUCAUUCAAAACAAAAUCAAUAGCAAUAUCAUAAAUAUGUUUGUUCUUUUUUUAACUUAGAUACAUAUCAUAUUGCUUGUCACUUAUGUGUGUAUGUUAUUUUAAAAUUGUGUUAUUUCCAAAUGCACUGUUACUGCUGGAGUUGAUUAUCGCAAUUGUCGAACGACAAAUUGCCUCAGUAGCAAUAUAUAUGUGUUGCGUAAAUCUCUGUAUACUUACAUUAUUUACAACUGAAUAUGACACUUAAAAAGCAAUAAAUGAGACAUCAUUAAUAUGGUUUAAAAUAGGGUGAACGUUGUUUUGUAUUAUUUCAUUAUCAUGCUAUUUGAUGGGUAUACGGCAAAAAUCUCUUUUUUGUUGACAAAUAUACAUGACAAUAUACAUGUUUUGUAUGAGUUAAAAAGAUAUAACAUUUUCGUUCAAAAUGUUUCUUUGUUCGGCAUAAUGUACGUAUAAUGUACUCGUAGACAUUUAUUUUGAUUUUCACUCAAUUAAGUGCAAUAGCUUAAUAUGUAAAAUUUAUAAAUUUGCUAAAUACUAACUGUAAUGAUUAUUUAAAAAUGUCACAUGUUUCCAAAUAAAUAAGGUACUGAUAAUCGUUAUUGUUUGCGGCUAAAAAUCCAUUUCAACCUCAAAUCUCGACCGCAACUUCUAUUGGUAUUUAUGUAGAAUAUUCAUACUUAAUUAAGAUUUAACCUUAUUGUUCAAGAUUUGAUCUCAAUGAUGUGUAGUGCUUUUGUUGUGUUUUUUUUUAAUAUAAAAUUUGUAGAAUCGACAUAAUUGACCCACGUCACGGGAAAACGGUUCUUAUUGCGCAGUAUGGUAAUGAACAACUGCUGAUAUGUGAAUAACUUUUGGUUUUAAUGUUGGUCCAACAAUAUUUCUGUUGCUUUCUGCUGCUUUUUUCUUAGCAUACAAAUCGGGUAGGAUGUAAUCAGGGAGAAUACAUGUUUGAUUUUUUAGCGCCUAAAUUCUUGCCAGUAGUAAUAACGAAGUCCUGGUGUAUUUUUUAAGAACUGUUAUAAUUGAGCCAUGCUGUGUGAAAAGGGUGUUUAACGCAUGUGCGUAAAGUGUCAUCCCAGAUAAGCCUGUGUAGUCCGCACAGGCUAAUCAGGGACAACACUUUCCGAUUGUAUGAUAAUUUUCGUUUCAAUAAAGUCUCUUCUUAGCAAAAAUCAAGUUUAGGCGGAAAGUGUCGUCCCUGAUAAGCCUGUGCGAACUGCACAGUCUAAUCUGGGACGACACUUUACGCACAUGCAAAAUAAAACCCCUUUAUCACAGAUCACGGCCAAAUUAUAUUUUACUACUUUACAAACUUACAUGAUUGAGCUUAAGAGCGAAAACUUCGAACAUGAACAUGACGCUUUUUAUAUGUUCUUGCUUUUACAAAGUUUUUGUCACAUUUUUUUUUCAAACAAACUGUUGUAACUGUUACUGAGUUAAUGCAUAUAUUUGAAAUCUAGACAGGUAUUUACAAAACAGAAUCAAACUUACAGAAGUUAUGUUUAGUUCAAGUGCUAUAGAUAUGUUUCCCUCUUUGUGUACAUAGAAUUUGGUUUUAUAGCUUUUAUACAAAUAAUUAUGACCUUAUUUGAAUUAUAUGCACGGCGAACUUACCCACCUGUGUCCAUGCUACUGGAAGCAAUGUGUGACUGAAUGUAAAAUACACAAUGCUUGUCAUAUUUUCAUAUGACUCAAACGAAAUAAAUAUUUGUUACAUUAA